UGAGCAAGCCGAAGUCAGUCUCGCGGCAUCGUCGCCCGCGGAUAGUCGCGGACACUUUGUGUCGCACAGUCGUCAGUGUUUAGUGUACAAAAAUUGCUUUAUUAAUUUUAGUGCUUCUUAAAAAUAUUCACCAUGGAUCCCGAGGCGUUUUUGGACCUGGCCAAUCAGGUCAUUAAACUGAAAAUGUAUCCGUAUUUCGAUAUCGCGCAUUCAUUAUUAUGCGCUCUUGCCGUGAGGGAAGAUUUAGGGGCUGGAGCGCAAGCGUUCUCCCGCAAACACCCUCUAGCAUGUUGGCUGUCCACCAUGCUAGUCAUCUUCGCGGGCGGCAUGGUGGCCAACGGGCUGCUCGGGGAGCCCAUUCUGGCACCUCUUAAAAACACACCACAGCUACUAAUAGGAACGAUUACAUGGUACUUGGUGUUCUACACGCCAUUCGACGUCGGGUACAAAGUGGCCAAAUUCCUUCCCGUGAAGGUGACGGCUGCGGCCAUGAAGGAGAUAUACCGGGCGAAGAAAGUGUACGAUGGGGUAUCUCACGCAGCUAAACUGUACCCUAACGCUUACAUCAUCAUGGUCGUCAUCGGAACAAUAAAGGGCAACGGCGCCGGCUUCACCAAGUUAGUGGAGAGGCUGGUUCGCGGCGCUUGGACUCCCACCGCCAUGGAGACUAUGCAGCCCACUUUCUACACAAAAGCUUCUCUGGUGGCCUCAAUAAUCUUCGUGCUGGACAAGAAGACGGAUCUCAUCUCCGCGCCUCACGCGCUCGUCUACUUCGGCAUUGUCAUCUUCUUUGUUUACUUCAAGCUAUCUUCGAUAUUGCUGGGCAUUCACGACCCCUUCGUGCCUUUUGAGAAUCUGUUCAGCGCCUUGUUCCUGGGGGGCAUUUGGGACUCUCUCGCCAAGAUCCUCGGAAAGGGGCAGCCCAAGGAGGACGCCAAGGACGCCAAAAAGGCUAAUUGAGCGGAUCGCAACGUGACCAUCAGAGCGCGGGAGUGGACGACCUCGGUUGGCGACGUGAAGGCUUAUAAUAAAAAAAAUAUAAAAAAAUAGUAAAAUCCUAUAACGAGAAAAAAAUGGUGCAGCGACCAAAGUUAUUAUACUUUAAGUAUUUUUAUUUAAAUAAUUGACUAGUCAUAAACCAUUUACCGGCACAAGUUAGGUUUGCAAUUUAUGUUUUAGCUUAAGAGGCUUUAUCUUAGUUAGUUAGGUGCGUACACAUUAUUUGCCCUUAACAGAGUAAGCUUCUCAAAUGGUAUUUUGUAAAAAAGAGGUAAAUAAUACCUAAACAGAGAUAAUAUUAUGUAGUAAUGAAUUGAUCGGGCUUCCACAGAUUAGUCAACAGUAAGGCUAAAGCCGCACAAUUCGUCCCGUAAGGUUUUGAUCGGAGCUCAGCAUUAAACGCACAAGUAUUUUUAAUUAAUUUAGUUCCUGUUUUUCAAAACGUACUAUCGAUACAUAGUAUGUGUGUAGGAGCAUUGUGAAUAUAUUCUAUAUUGUAGAGAUUAAGUAUUAUAUUUAUUACGAAACGAUUAACGACAAAUAACGAUCCUUCCGAAACUUAAAUAUUUGGAAACCAUUUCUAAUUAAAUAUUCAUUCCUGAUUCGAGCAGUAAUAAUUGUAGAAUUGUUAGAAUAUGAAAUAUCUGACCGAACUGCGCGGGUGCUUGCAGUGAGGAUCACGUGUUUCAUCUGAUUUAGUGGAAUCUAAUUCGUUUCAUAUAACCCGAGGAAGGAAUAAAUUUUGAUAAUGA